AUGAACACGCGGGUGGUUGCCGUCCCUCACAAGGGCACACUGGGCUCGUUUGACGACUCCAAGGACCCCCUGGGCAGGUUAGAGCACUGGCACAUCCACAGAGACGCCCGAGAUGCAGUCGCCGCGCUGGAACCCGCCGCAGAGUACCUCAAGACCAAAGACACGCCCGUCGCCUUCCCCACGGAGACGGUGUACGGCCUCGGCGCCGACGCCACGAGGAGCGCGUCCGUCAAGGGCAUCUAUUCGGCAAAGGGGAGGCCGUCGGACAACCCGCUCAUCGUGCACGUGUGCGAUCUCGACAUGCUGCGGACCCUGCUUGGCUCACGCGGCCAAGAUGCCAUCCCCGCGCGCUACCAGUCUCUCAUCGAGAGCUUCUGGCCGGGCCCGUUGACGAUUCUCCUGCCCAACCCUGACCCCUCGCCUCUUGCGCCAGAGGUCACGGCCGGACUCGACUCGUUUGGCGUGCGCAUGCCGUCGUCGCCGCUGGCCCUGACGCUCAUCAAGCUUGCUGGCGUGCCGCUGGCUGCCCCGUCUGCGAAUGCCUCCACGAAGCCGUCGCCAACCACGGCGCAACACGUCAAGGAUGACUUGGAUGGGCGGAUCGAGAUGAUCCUCGACGGGGGCUCCUGCCAGGUUGGCGUGGAGAGCACAGUCGUCGACGGCCUGUGCGAUCCGCCGGUCGUUCUGAGGCCGGGGGGCGUGGGCAUCGAUGAGUUGAGGAGCUGCCCCGGCUGGGAACACGUCGUCAAGGCGUACAAGGACCAGAGCGAGGAGGGCAAGGCGGCGCCGCGAGCCCCGGGCAUGAAGUAUAAGCACUACAGUCCCAGGGCGAGGGUCGUGCUGUACGAGUCGAGUUACGAGAAUGGGCGGGCCGGGAUUGUCGAGGCGGACGCGGAGGCUGUCGCGGCGACCGCGAUUGGGGGCACACACGCCGUGAACGGCACCGCGAGGAAGAAGGUGGGAGUCAUACGGACCAAGCGGUGGAAGCCCGCCGCUGGCUUGCGAUGCAGCAAGCUCCGUCUGGAUGCGAGGCGGAUUGGCCACAGUCAGCAGGGCGGCCAGCACGACGAGAUGCCAUAUGAUGUAUGUGCUGGGGAAUUGCAAAACGAACAAGGGGAGACAGUCGGCCAAGUCUUCGACAUAGGUCUGGGUCAAGAAACCCGCCGUAUAGCGCAAGGCUUGUUCUCCGCUCUUCGAGAGCUGGAUAGACGGGGUGCAGAUGUUAUUUUUGUAGACGGUAUAGACGAUGAGCUGGAUAUAGCAGCCGCUGUGAUGAACCGCCUUCGCAAGGCGGCAUCCGAAACUAGAGCAUAG